AUGUACCUGCAGAAGACGGUGAUCAGAGCUGAUCUCGUCGGCAGCAGCUGCAAGAUGGCCAUCCUGUCGACCGUCGCCAAACUAGAAGAGCCUUUUUCCAGUAGUGAGAACUGCACGCUGACGGUGGUCGGGGCGGUGGACCCGGUGGCCAUCGUCCUGGAGCUCAAGAAGGCGUGCCUGGUGGCGGCGAUCGUCAGCGUCGAGGACGACAAGCCGAAGGACCCCGAGCCGGAGCCCGUGGAGCCGCCGAAGGUAGACGACGACGAAGAUCCCUGCCGCUGCCGAGAUGAGGAAUGCUGCGUGCAGGCCUGCCAGAAGGGGUGCGUGCCUGGUUUAUGCUACUGCUGCUACUACACAGCAUUCAGGCCCGCGCCGUAUGGCUAUGGAUGGCACUGGUAGUGACCACGACCAGGUCACCAGGCAUGGUAGAUGAUACCAUGAGAUCAGGCAGGUCGGAGGCGAAUGCACCAUCCGGUAUCCAACUAUAUCUGCAGCUCUUCGUGUCUUCGUGUCUGACAAGGAAAAAGAAACAUUACUGUUUUUUUACACCAAAAGAAACAUUACUUGGCUUUCAGACAGAUUCCAGUAUGUCUGUGUAUGUGUGAUUUGAUUGUACACCAGUUUUCAUUUCUUCUUUCGUUGUACGGAAUACCUUUUUUUCUAAGAAUGUUGU